CUCAGUGGCUUGGACGUGAACACCACAGGAAUACGGAACCCAUACCAUCAGGACCACGUAUGGAACUCGUAUCCGAUAGAUAGACUCGUAUCGUCUCCGGUUUGCUGCAUCAACUACAGAACGAUACUCAUCAACUUGAACAUGGCGACGUUCGUCGACGUGACCUUUGACUUCCAAGGUGCAUCUGGGCUCCCCAAGAUGGACCUGGUUGGCAGCGGGGAUCCGUAUUUCGUCGCUCGGCUCGAUGGCAAGGUUGAAUACAUAUCAUCGGUGAAGGAGAACACUCGUUCACCCAGAUGGGAUGAGCUGUGGAGGGUCAAGAACGUUCCACAGGGAGCUGUCCUUGGCGUCGAGUUGGCGGACAACGACAACAAUGGACUGACAGACGAUACAUCGGUCACUUCAAGAUUGAUGUAUCUUCCGGGGACAAGGAUAUUCGAAUAACAGAAAGCAAUCCUUUACACCGGAACAGAGGCGCAUUCCAUCUGAAGAUACUGUGCCUUCCACCGACCCUGAUGCGCACGAAUACACA